AUGCAAAUCCCAACCCUCGUCUUCGCCCCGGGCGCCUGGUACCCCCGCACAGCAUUCACCCCUCUCAUCGACCAGCUCGCCCAAGACUACACCUGCCACACCAUCGCCUUCCCAUCAAUCCAACAAGCAACCAAUGUCCACGACCUGUCUCUCGACAUCGCCGCCGUGCGCGAUCUCGUCGAGCCCCUCGUCACAGCCGGAAAACACGUAGCCCUCAUCGUGCACAGCUGGGCCGGGCUCCCCGUGAACAGCGCGCUGGAGGGCCUCGGCGUGGCGGAACGCGCGCGCGACGGAAAGACCGGCGGCGUGGUGAAGAUCUGCUUCAUCGCUGCGUUUGUGCCUGUCGUUGGGGAGAGUGUGCUUGAUGCGGUUGCUGGGAAUGUGCCCGAGUGGUGGGUUGUUGAUGAUGAGAGUAAGACGGUGACGACGAAAGACCCCCUGGGUCUGUUUUUCCAUGAUGUGCCUGACGGCGCGCAGUGGGUGGCGGAGCUGCGGCCUCAUGCGUGGGCGACGAAAGUGGCCCCUGCGCAGGCGGAGGCGUUUAUGCAGAUCCCCUCGGCGUAUCUGCUGUGUGAGGAUGAUCGGGCGCUCCCGCUGGCUAUACAGGAGGCUAUGGUGGGGAGGAUGCGGGAGAUGGGGGCUGUGGUUGAGACGGAGACGAUUGGGACGGCGCAUACGCCGUGGCUAGAAAGCGAUAAGCCCCCUCCCCUGAACAACAUCCCCCACACGACGCUGCACGUUCUCAAACCGAAUGAACUCACAGCUCUCACUCUCCAGAUGCCCAAACAGCGCCGCCAGCGUCGAGAACUGCUUCCCACAAACACUGUUGACAUUGGGACAGCGAUACACCUUCUGCUUGUGAGCCGGGGAAUUCAAAUGCUGACUAAGACUAGUAUCGGUGUUGAAAUCCUUGUGACAGAUGUAGCAUUCCCACAAGGAGCCGUUAAAAGCCCGGUUCGUGGCCUUGUAGACGCCCGAGUCCUCAUCACGCCAGCCGAUCUGCCGGUUGGUGAUGGUGCCGCCGGGGUCGCGCGCAGAGACCAUGCGGUAGAUGCUCUCGCGGUUCAGGCCCGGAGCUUUGGGACAGGAGCCUCGUUCCAGAUGGUGGGUCAACCCGCUGGCGGUGGUGUAGUGGGCCUUGCAGAAGGGGCAGGUGAUGGAUUGGCCGCGGUGGAUUUUGGAAUUGAGAUGCUGACACGGUAG